AAAAGCGCUUGGUAAAAAUAGGUGAUCGCUUGACGGACAGACAAAGUUAACCAAUCGAAACAGUGUAGCGUCAACCGCGCGUGGAGCCUGUUUAAGUCAUGUUUAUGGACUCAGUUAAAUGAAGCCAGACUAAAGGCUGGGAUGACACAUUCCUUUCCGUUCAGAACCGUUCCGUUGAGAACCACUGGCUAAUCAUUUCGUUGUGGUUUUAGCUGGUUCUAGCCACGAAGAGCAGGCAUCCUUCGAAAAAAGUAUUCAUUCAGACUAAAUUGAUGUUUAGGUCGUCUUUGCAUCCUCCAUGUUAAAUAACCAGUAGUGCUCCAUUUAACAGGUAAGGGUAGGAGGGAUUGAUUGCCAAAUUCACAUUCUACAAGAAUCGACAAAUUAUUAGGAACAUCCGACAGACACAAGCGAACUUCUCAGUAAGCUAUUUUUCUAUCGUGUGAUCACUAACUCAUCUCGUGCUGUUUUGUGGCCUGAAAUCCCGACGCGACAGCUAGUCGGGACGCUUUGUUUCGACUGGUGCGUGACAGAGUAGAGCAAAUGGUCAGCUGCUGAGUGUGCGGCACUGCGACUCUCAUUGGCUAGUUGGAGCUGUCACACCCUGCAAUGAAUCGAUGACCUUCAUUUGCGAGGACAUAAAUUGUGCUGCAUACACAAACAUAGUGAUCAUUUUGCGCAGAUAGUGAUACACGAUGUCUGCGCCAAGCACUGAGAUUGAGUGUCUCGCGAGUCUUAUACUUGAUGAAGAACAGCUGCAUGCAGUUGAUCUUGUUGACUGGAGGGCGUUGCUUUGCGGAGACUGGAGGGACAUGAUGACACUUCUGGACUAUAUGACAUCCAUCAGGCCCUCAAAUUCUUUCAUGCGAAAAUUGAUAGUAGCAACCGAAGAGACACCGCCAAACUAUGGACAGACCACUUCUCUGAAUCACAGCAUUACCAAUGUCCCCCUCUCUCUUACAUUCCAGUUAGAUCCGUUUAUCGACAAGUAUUUUGGGAAAGAAGACAUACGUAUUGUAAACUGGAACGAAUCUGCCUACGAAGAGGAGCUGAUAGAACGUAUCAGAUCGCCCAGACAAUCCUAUGUGGUCACCUUGGCCAUUGACUUCCAGCCCACGCCACGUAGACUGAGGCGGAUACGCGCGAUCCUGGAGAAGUCUGGAACGUUGGUCAUUCCACACGAACUCCCUGAAUGGCGGACUCGUUAUCCCGACCUGAUGCAAAGUUUCUCCAAGGACGGUGGUCGGUUUAUCAAGCUUUUUGAAACAAUGUCAACAACCAGUCGGACUAGAGAGAUUGAAUUUCGCCUACAGACAGGACGUGCAGGGUGCCGAAGACUAUACAGUUUUACAGAUAACAUGGAUGAUCGUGCGCGGUAGGGAGUGGCGAUCUGAGUUCGCUUGGUCAUCUGUUAGUCAUAGAGUGCCAACAUCUCCCUUCACCAUAAAAUGUGCCAAACAAACAUCUGUAAAUAGCAUCUGUAACCAUAGAUCCCGUCUCAGAACGAAAAGACAACCACAGAAAAGAAGAAACUGUACACACAGUUUACAUAUUUUUCACACAGUGUUUUUUACUCGAAAAUCAUACAAUUCUUCUGCUUCACUCUCCUCCGAUUCUGAUGAGGUAGUGGGUUCUUUUUUUAACCGCGAGGGUGAGGGCGCUUGCUGACUUUGAACAGUUUGAUCUUUGCGUUUCGACUCCAGAGCUUCGAUUUCCAGCUGCAACUGUUGUAUUCGUUCCCACUUUUCACUACAAGCACAAAAUCAAAAUAUACAUGUUAUACUGGUAAGCACUACAUAACAAACGCUCAGAAGUGACAAAAUGGUUGAAAUGUUAUCAAAAUAUACAGCAACCCUCCAUGGGAACAGAGAGUACUUCAGAGAAGUCCACAAUGGAAUUCUCUAUCACCUACGAUCUCAGGUGCAA